UCCAUUCGAACCCCCGGCCCGAACCGACUCGCCCCUUCCUCCUCCGCUCUCGUCUCUCGCCACUCGCUCCCCUCCCUCUCGAGUUCCUCCAGUUCGCCGUCUCCACCGGCUCGCCCUUAGCGCCGCGGUCUUCCGGGAGUUCGAGAGAGGCGGUCGCUGCUUGCGACGCGCGCGUGUGGCGGCGGACGGACGCGAUGGUUUCCUUCGACAUCAACGACCGCACGAAGAUUGGGCUGGGCUUGACUGGGUUUGGAGUUCUCUUCUCGUUUCUUGGGAUCCUCAUGCUGUUUGACAAGGGGUUCUUGGCAAUGGGGAAUAUUCUCUUCGUGUCUGGUGUUUCACUAACCAUUGGGCUGAAGUCAACCGUACAGUUCUUCACCAAGCCUAAGAAUCACAAGGGUUCGAUUGCUUUUGGGAUCGGACUUUUCCUCGUCCUCAUUGGUUGGCCUGUCUUCGGAAUGAUGGCGGAAUCGUAUGGCUUUGCCGUGCUGUUCAGCGGCUUCUGGCCUACUGCUGCUGUUUACCUGCAAAAGAACCCCACCGUCGGCUGGAUUUUCCAGCACCCUUACGUGACUUCGUUGCUCACCCGGUUCAGAGGCAGACGAGUCCCCGUGUGAUCGCCGUGCUGUCGAAACAUUCCCAAAGGAUGCCAGAUCGCUCUGUAUAAAGUAGACGGACAUGUGUUCUCUUGCUCGUUUGUUGAUUCCUUGGUCUGCUGGAUGUGAAUCUUGCUGCGCUGCUACCAGUUGAUUUUCUGCAGAUUUCUUGACUGCGUCUAGAAUUCUUUUUGUACAAAAGCAUUUGUUAGUACCACGUGUUAAGGUGGCUAAGAGCUGAGCUCUUUUCUGAAUGAUCGUAAGUCUGAGUGAAUGGUGAAUUGGUUCGUGCAUAUUAUUUCCUACUGAUUCUAGCUCUCAAGGAAGCCAUUUCUUGCUUGGUUUUUGUAAUAACGAAUUAGACAUUUCCUGCUCAUGAACAGCUGAUUACAUCUCUGCUUA